UUUUUUUUUUUAAACCACCUAUGCGCUUUUCUCCAAAGGUAGUCUCGCUGAAUAACGCUUUGGAUAGCGCAGAAUGUGGACAAAAAGAGAAAUGCGCAAAUCCGUUGAAGUGGACGAGAGGAAAACUAAAGUGCGAGUUUGAGAAUGUGGCGGGGACACCGUGGGGUGACUGGGCUGCAAGUUUCAUGAGGUGAAACAUUUGACGAAGGCGCAACAAGAGCCGAAAGUGUGAAUGCUGCGCGUUGGAUGAGUUGGACAGUGUCCACAAAGUGGCAGAUCAGCCCCUCAACUCUGAUCCCAAUUGGCUUUAAAUGAACCUUCAAGUAAACAAUUAGGAAAGGAGUGUGAAGCUUCAUUGAACACAAACCCACUGCUUACAAAGAAAACCCACUGGAUCCCACUCAAACUUCAACACUUUGGAAUCAUCUGACUACCCCCUUCCUAUCCUUUUCCUUCAUUUUUUUGCAAUUCUGAUUCCCGAAGUGGCUCCCAAGUGGUGUUGCGGCUCCUCGUCCCCGGCGGAUCCGGAGAUUGGAGUCUCUGCACCGGGAGGAGGCGGAGUCGGAGCUCCGGUCACCCCGCAGGCUCCCAAGAGCGGCCGCGUUAAGAGGAUGGUGCGUCUGGCGGCGGAACUGCUGCUGCUCCUGGGACUCCUUCUCCUUACCUUGCACAUUACGGUGCUCCGCAGCAGCCCACUGCCCCAGGGAAAUGCAACUCUGAGCCUGGAUCAGGACACAGCACUGACAGAGAACAAUAUAAAUGCAAAGAGCAGCUCGUCUACUCAGCAGGAUCCUGAGGACCGGAGGUCUGGUCCAGAACAUCGGUUGGCCCACCGGCCUGCCACUCUGCCCUGGGCUCAAGGCACCGGCAGCAGCCUGCACAGAGACAGUCCUGGAGCUUUCCUCUUAGAUCUGCACAAUUUUCCCGACCUGUCCAAAGCUGAUAUCAAUGGACAGAAUCCCAACAUACAGGUGACAAUUGAAGUGGUGGAUGGACUGGAAGGUCAUGAGCAAGAAAAAGGCCUUCGUAAAGAGAGCAAACCCAACUGGGCUUCUCCAAACUGGAGAAACUGGUGGCCUCACUCUUCCCCAUCUUCCACCACCCAUCAAACAGAGGACCAUGAUCGCUCAUUUGGGAGCAAAAAUGAGGACAGCAACUUCCUCAGGCCACCGGUCGACUGGGACAGGAGAGGAGGCACCGGCGGAGGAAGCAAAGCUCAAACUGAAUAUGACUAUAUGGACGGAGAGGGGGACUGGAGUAACUGGUCGACGUGCAGUGUCACCUGUGGAAAUGGGAACCAGAAAAGAACAAGGUCAUGUGGUUACGCCUGCACAGCCACAGAGUCACGAACCUGCGAUAUGCCCAACUGCCCUGGUAUUGAAGAUGCCUUCAAGACAGCAGCUACUGAAGUCAGCCUCUUGGCAGGAACAGAUGAGUUUAAUGCCACAGAGCUCUUUGGUGUUGACACAGACAGCUGUGAGCGAUGGAUGAACUGCAAGAGCGACUUCCUGAAGAAGUACAUGACCAAAGUGGCAAAUGACCUUCCCAGCUGUCCAUGUUCUUACCCGACUGAGGUUGCAUACAGCACCGCUGACGUACACGAUGCACCCACACGCAAAGAUUUCCGAUGGAAGGAUGCCAGUGGCCCAAAGGAGAAGCUGGAGAUCUACAAGCCCACGGCGCGUUACUGCAUCCGCUCUAUGCUGACGCUGGAGUCCACCACUCUGGCCGCACAGCACUGCUGCUACGAUGACAGUAUGAAGCUCAUCACUCGUGGUAAAGGGGCGGGAACACCAAACCUCAUCAGUAUAGAGUUCUCAGCUGAUCUGCACUAUAAAGUGGACAUCCUCCCGUGGAUCAUCUGCAAAGGAGACUGGAGCCGCUACAACCAAGCCAGGCCUCCAAACAAUGGACAGAAGUGCCCUGAUAACCCACAGGAUGAGGACUACUACAAACAGUUUGAAGAAGCAAGGGAAUUUUAGCCGCCUGUAGUGUGGGACGACACACUGCUUCAGCUAACUGUCCACAUAAACCUCAAAAACCUUCUUUUAUUCUUUUUUAGGUCACACAAAAGGAACUUUUAGGCUCCGAGGAACACGAUUUACUGAUUUAUUUAACUAAAAGGAUUAAAACUCUGAGUCCAAACCCUUUGUCCCAAGGAACUUUUUUCUUUUUUGUCUAAAACCAAGCAAAAAACUUUGUCUUGUUUUAAAAAAAAAAAAUAAAACAUGAGUCUAAAAAAU